AUGACGCGUCCGCUCGACGCGUCGUGGGUACGAGUCGAAGACGCACGGAAGCCAGACGGAGAUGGAUGGGAACUCGAGCAGGAAGAUAGUGAACUGAUCGUCCUGGAUAUGGGAUCCGCCGAGCGUGCGCCGGCCGAGGAGCGGGAGAGUAUGCCCGGCACGAGUGUUACGCUGACCGUACGUGUCGUGUCUCACACGCAGGGUCUCGAGACCGAUACGCCCAUGAUGAAGCUAGGAGAUAUGGUCAUGAUGGGCCAGUGGGACGAGCUGCUCGGCAGCGAGAUUCAGGACGCCAUGUUCGAUACCCCGUCGCACCUGCCGGCCACCGAUGACCUUCCACGCGAUUUUGACGAGGACAUGCCCCUCGCAUGGCAUGCGCGAACACUUGCCGCGCCUCCAUUCCACGCGCCUUUCGCUCGAACACGAAUGAGCGAGACGCCGAGGGAAGAGCCAGAUACGUCCGCGACUAAAGGCCUGUGUAUCCGAGGUAGAGCCCAGCGCGAGUCGGAGCGUGCGCCGAGUCACGAUGAGGCCGUGCCCUGGUUCCUGUGCCCACCUCCGCGAGCGAGUGAUGGCGACGCCACGUGGGGCCUCGGCGUAGAGUGCACGGAGGAUGUCAGCCCGGCGCUGCAAGACAAGCUUGCACGAUUUCAUGAGCUCAAGGCGCAGGGAACACACUUUAAUGAGGCGCUCAUGCGGAACCGCGCCUUUCACAACCCCCGCAUCCAUGCCAAGCUCGUCGAAUGGGCGAGCCUCGAUGAGCACGGCUCGAAUUACAGCGCGAUCGCCGCGGCGCAAGGUACGGCGCCUUCGUGGGAUGCGGCGGAUGCAGAGUUGUUGCGCCAUGGCACGGCUUCGGCACUAGGUACUCCCGGACCCACAUUCCCUUUGCGCAUGCACGAGUGA